GGACGCUCCUAGCUACUGCAAACUGGGUUUGCCAAAGCUGAUCAAUAAGGUUUUCGGGGCUCUCUCUCACUCCCCACUGCCUCCCGCCAACAAUAACGUUUCUGGAAACGACUUGCCCGGAUAUCCACUAUCGCUGUUUUCCGAACUUGCAGUAGCAGGGAUAGGCGACUUGUACUCGAAGCGGACAACCGUUGUGUUAGUACGGUGAGCGUAUCAGCGAGGCAUCACCUAUCCGAACGAAGGCAGGCAGGCAUGUCGUCAUUGGGGCAUCUACGCCGUGCGCUGAUCUUCUCCGCCGCCUUCACCCUUCUCCUCCCUCCCACAACCGCAAUCACUCAAUCGUACGCCAUAUCCCGGGAUAAAAACCUUCGCGGGGCAGUCAGACAUGAUAGUAGCGCUCCAGAUUCUCCGGACGGCUACGGGCCUGUAUACGAUUCAGAUCAUAGCUUGAACUCGGAAAAUGCGGAUUCCUCUGCAGUGAACGCGGAGGGCCGAGCGGCGCGGAGAGUUUCGUCGGCGGAUGCGGAGGCGGCGGAGGCGCUAGCGGCGUACGAAGAGGCGAAGCGCGCGCUCGCGUCGCAGAAGAUUGAGCAGGAGGAGAUGCGCAUCCGUGCGCUCGAGGCCCGGCAGCAGCAGCGCGACGCGACGCGCGAGCAGGCGGAGCUCGAGGCGGCAGUCGCGGCGGCGGAAACGGAACUUCAUUCCGCGGAAAACGCGCUGAAAAAAGCGCACGAGCGCGGCGCGGACGCCUCAAAGGCGGCGACGGUCGGCCAAGCGACGAAGCGGAAGGAUAAUGCGGCUCGAAAGCUAUCAGCUGCGAACGCCGAGGCGCGCGGGAACCGGCCGUACGUGGAGGAGAUGGAGGCGAACGUGCGCGACUUCGAAGGCGCGUUUGUGAUGGCGGCGCGAGAGGCGGGAAUGGCGGCGGAACGGGUGAAAGCGCUCAGAGCGGAAAUGGUUGAAAAGAUGGAGAGGGCGGCGGAGGCGCAGUCCGCGUGGCAAUCGAUGGUCGAGAGCCAUGCGAGCAGUCCAGUGGGCUUUGAGAGCCAUGAUAGCGAUCCACGGGCAGUGGGUGUUUUUGCUGCGUAAUCGACAAUAAAUUUGUUUAGUGCUCAGGGCGGAGAUGGUUGAGAAGGUGGGUGAGGGCGGCGGAAGCGCCAUCCGCGUGGCAGGUGGUGCAAGAGAGCCGCGUAUCUUCCAUGGGUGUUGUGGCUGCAGCAUAAAGGGAGGAAUGCGUUGUUCUCGUAAGCUAGCACGUAUGCGGGUGACGCAGAGGCUUGGAUGGUUGGUAAUUAUCCAACCGUCCACAAUAAGAGGACUCUUAAGCAGUCGGUAGUGUCAACUUACGUUGACGAUUUCCAUGUCCCUCCAUAGCUCCCCUUGGACCUGCUCAAUUCAGUGUGGUUGUCGUUCAAGCCCUAAAAAUAUGCAGUAUCCAGUGCCCUGCAUAGCUCCCCUUGGACCUGCUCCAUUCAGUGUGGUUAUCUUAUAAGCCCUAAAAAUAUGUCCAUCUGGAAGCAAGCGUAUCC